AUGCAGCGUUCCACCGCAUUUUCCCCGUGGGGGUCGCUGGACGGCCGCUCCAUCGUACAGAAGAAAAAUGCCAGAUCGGACAACGGCUAUGAUGCAAUGCCUCAAAGACGUAACCCACUGGCGUGCGAGAUGUGUUAUAAGAAAAAGAUCAAGUGCGAGGUUGAAGGAUCCAAUCCAGCUUGUAUCCAAUGUUUGCGUCGGAAUGUCAGAUGCAAAUUCACGACUAGGAAGGAAAAGAAAGAGAAUACCAGAAGGACGCAAUAUAUAAAGAACCUGGAAGAACGAUUAAGACAGGCAGAGGCUGUGCUUAAAGCUGCUGGUAUCUUGGAUGACGAGAUUCUUAGCCAAGGCGAACUGACUGAUGAUGACGACGAACUGUCAGAAAACGACAGCGAAGUUGAAGAUGAGCAAGAUGAUGAGGAUACUGACUAUCCAGCAAACGGAUCUUUCCGGAAUGGGGGUAUGUCAAGGUCAUCAAGAACCCGGCCUCCCGGUCACUCAAGCCAAAACUCAUGCGCUUCGUUGGAUUCCAAUGCCUCGUCUCGUAGGGAUUCAAUACCCGGUGACAGUGAUAUAGCACAGGUUCCGGUUUUGAAGCUUAAUGAUAAGGAGGACUCGAGAUACUAUGGGCGAUCAUCCUUUUUGUCAAUACUAUCCAGGGAAGGUAUCGAAUGGAUUAAAGACAAGACAGGCGAUGUCAGUUUUCUCAGAAUGCUAUUCUCCGAGUCAGCGCAUGAUAGCCCAUGGGAUUACUGGAGACCCGAUGUGUUUCAUGACUUGUUUGCCUCCAAGGUUUUCAAACCAUUACCACCCAGAGCAGAGGUCUUCACCCUCCUACGGGAUUACUUUCGCACAGUGAACCGUUUGUUUCCAGUUUAUCAUGAAGAGUCAUUCAUGCAGCUGGUGGAAUGGCAGUACACGCAACAGACAUGCAAUGAUGCUGCCCGUUGGGCCAGUAUCAACAUCAUACUGUCAUUGGCGUACGAAUACCGGUUUUCCAAUAGUCUUAAGCCCGAAAAAGAUAGGGAAAGGGCCUGGCUCUACUACAAGAACGCCAUGUCAGUAUAUGCCGAAUUAACCAUGCGACGGACCGAUCUCUUGAGCGUGCAGGCCCUUCUGGGUAUGGCGCUCUUCCUUCGAGGAAACUCGGGUACUCAAUCAGCACUGCCUAUCGUGACGGCUGCCAUCAGGUCCUGCCAUAGGAUGGGGCUUCAUCGGAAUAUUCCAAGACCCUACCUCCCCGCUGUGGAGCAGGAGCAGAGGAAGAGAGUAUUCUGGAUCGCCUAUAUUAUGGACCAGAGUACAUGUAUCCGAGCAGGAAAUGCCCCAGCUCAACAUUCUGACGACUUUGACGUCGAUCUUCCCACAGAUAAUACUGCUGAUGGAUGUCCAGUGGGAAACAACACAUCCUUUUUCCGCCAGCUCUGCCGCCUUACGGUCAUCAAGAGUCGGAUAUAUGGCAAGUUGUAUUCGGCCAAAGCUCUACACAAUAAGUCUCCUGUGGAUGUCAUUGGAAUCGUCGAGGAAUUACACGCUGAACUCGAAGACUGGAGAGUUACCAGUCCCUUUGACAGUCAUGUUAAACAGAAAGGAGCUGGUGAAGAUUUUCUGCUGGGAUUUGCAUCAGUAGGCUUGCAGUUUGUAUACUACAAUUCGUUGAUCAUGAUUCACCGCAUGCCUCUCAUUAUCAACUUUGCCUAUGCGACCCAUGCUCAGCCCGGACUGGAGUGUCAUUUUGAUCCCAGGGUGCUUAAUAGACAAUCGUCUAUUUCCAACGCGUACUGCGUUCAAGCGGCCAGGGACACAUUGAGGCUUGUGAAUAAUAUGCCUUGGGGAGAUAUUGCAUGGAUCUGGUCCCUCCUGUAUUACGUGUUCCUAGCAGUAAUGACGAUAUUCGUGGCUAUCCUGCGGGAUAGUAAACAUCCAAAUGCCCGAGAAGACCUUCAAUCUCUGAACAUGGCCGCGACAUUCUUUGCAACCCUCAUCCCCGGCGAGGGAGCAUGUCAUUAUGCCACCUUCAUGGCCCGGAUGUGCGCCAACUUCGAACGCAUCGCUAGGUCAGUCCUCGAGCGGGACGAGAAGGCGAUCACUCGUCACAGCAGUGUGAACUCUCAUUCAUCGAACGAAAAGCCCCCUCGCGCCCUCUCGAAACGAGCAAACCCAAAAGACUCUUUGGGGGCCAACCGAAGAUCCCAAUCCCUCUCUUCCCCCUCAAAUUCUGGUCACGCCGCCAGUCUCGACAUCCCCCACCUCGAGGGCCUUCCCCGCAUCAACUCAUCAGGCUACUUCGUCCCCGAAAGCCCCGAUACCGCCUCGGAAGAUCUCCCCUCAUCUACAAACCGUCCUCUCCACAACACUGCCCUCCAAAACCCACCCACCACUACCACUGCUACUACCCCAGCAGACCUAUCCAACCCUACAACCAGACACAUCGCUCGAGGCUAUAACAACCAACCCUCAUCAUACAAUCCCAUGUUCCCCGGAUCCACCUUCUCUUCAACCGCAGAAAACACCACCCCCACCGAAGCCACACCCCCGGAACUCUGGCAAGUCCCCGUAACAGCCGAUUGGGAAUUCGGCGGCCAGUUUCUAGGCAGUCUCAUCACGCAUGGACUCCUUGAGCAAGACCCAUUAAUAACAACGAUGGGAUCCAUGGUCCCUGGCCCCGUUGAUAUGGGCUUCCCUUUCGGGGAUCAAAGCCAGAAUCAGAACCUAGGGCAGGAUCCCGGGUCGAAUGAUGCUUCUUCGCUGUGGUCGUGGCCUGGUAUGUUCAUGGGGCCUUUUUAA